GGGUGUGUCCCCCUCCGACCCCGACAGACCUCCGCUCCUGCAGCCGCGCGGGAUGGGCCGGUGAGCAGAGCCGCGGAGCUCGGGGUGGACGACCAGCGGAGUAGUCCCGGGCAGGCGGGUGCGGCCGGGCGCGUGCGCAGGCGCGGGCCGUGGGCUUACAUCCGGUGAUCAAGGCUUUCCUGUGUGGCUCCAUCAGUGGGACCUGCUCUACCCUCCUUUUCCAGCCUCUGGAUCUCCUGAAAACACGCCUGCAGACACUCCAGCCUUCGGACCAUGGAUCCGGACGUGUCGGGAUGUUUGCUGUAUUCUUAAAGGUGGUUCGCACGGAGAGUCUUCUGGGCCUUUGGAAGGGGAUGGCCCCGACCAGUUGGACACAACCCUUAUUCCAGUUGUCAAUUUCAGCUGUGGGAUAUUUGCUGGUAUUCUGGCCUCACUGGUAACUCAACCGGCAGAUGUCAUCAAAACGCACAUGCAACUCUCUCCCAGGAAAUUCCAAUGGAUUGGCCAAGCAGUGACACUCAUUUUCAAAGACUACGGGCUGCGUGGCUUCUUCCAAGGCAGUGUGCCCCGGGCCCUCCGCAGAACUCUGAUGGCAGCGAUGGCAUGGACGGUCUAUGAAGAAAUGAUGGCCAAGAUGGGCCUGAAGUCCUGACCCAACAGAGGCUCGGAGGUGGAGUCGAUUGCUCUGCUUGGUUCUGCUAGGAGCGGCUUCUUCUCUCAGUCCUGGAGGAAGACGAGGUGCUCCUGGGAAACCGGGCAGAUACGCCAUUGCCUUUUGUGACCCCAUGCAAGGAGCGAACAGACGAGCCUUCAGAGUCUCCCUGAAGGGGAGCCCUCAGUACACAGGGCACACUGGGGCCGUCAGGGAAGGUGUGUACCUGGGAAGGCAUGAGCUCAGCGGGGGCUUCCCGCCUACACCGCGGUGCCUCGCUGGAUGCGUUCUCAGCCAAGGAAGCCAGAGACGCUGUUGGUACCUGCUGUGCCCGGGGACCAUGAGUCUGAGGAGAGGAGUCACUGUCUCCAGGCUGCAGACUGUCGGAGGUGAUGUGAGGAUGAAGGACAGGUGUCAUUAUUUAAUUGGUUCCUAAUCUACUUGUCAGAGGCUCAGUCUUCCUAGCCUUCAAACCGAAAUAAAAAUACUUGGUCUGGCCCCUGUACUGUUUGAACUCUUGAGUUGCCCUGGCGUUUUCCUGCAGCAAUAGUUCAGAUGAGUACGAGGAAGCACUAACUAGUGUCAUCACUCCGUUCUAAAAUGACCAGUAGUUCUAGGGUGGCCAGCUCUUGACCCAUACCAGUCCCCGAAACCUAACUUUUUCUUUUUCUUUUCUUAAUUAUUUUAUUUAACUUUACUUAUCCAUUUUAAUUUGACCAGAGAGGGACGAAGUGAGAGAGAGGGAGGGAAAGUGAGAACACAGGCCACCAGGCCCUGGACCCGAACCACGGUUGGCCAGUGGGAGUCCAGCAACCUAAACCACCACGCCACCUGCUGGCCCCAAACUUAAUUUUUUCAAAGCUGCCUUAGUUCACUUAUGAUCCAAGUAUCAUGCACCCACCUGAAGUAUUCAGUUCAGUGAUUUCUGCAACUUCACUGAAGGGUGCAACUAUCACCCUAAAUCAGGUUGAAAACAUUUCUUCUUUCUCUCUCUC